CAUUUUGUGUUGCUACGCCGGCUAUUUAUCUCAGGAGUCGUGACUCUCCCGUUUACACUGUUAGUUAGCUUAUUAGACGGUUCCUGGUUUACGCGGCGUCGCUUGCCAAGACCGCGGCCUUUCGUUUUCCAUCAAGUGCGCUUUUUCCUCUUUUGGUUAAUCGCUAAUUGUUAUUUUUGUACAUUUGUUUUAUUUUUAUACGUAAUUUAGUGAAACAGAAUGUCGAGCUCAAGUCCUGAAUACUCGCCGUUCUUCGCGGUGAUGGGAGCCUCCGCGGCUAUGAUAUUUAGUGCCUUGGGGGCAGCCUAUGGCACGGCUAAGAGUGGCACAGGUAUCGCUGCCAUGUCUGUGAUGAGGCCGGAGCUCAUCAUGAAGUCAAUUAUCCCUGUGGUCAUGGCUGGUAUUAUAGCCAUCUACGGCCUUGUAGUAGCAGUGCUGAUUGCCAACAACAUCGCACCAGAUAUCACUCUUUUCAAGAGUUUUCUUCACCUCGGCGCUGGACUCAGUGUGGGUCUCAGUGGACUGGCAGCAGGCUUUGCGAUUGGUAUUGUGGGAGACGCAGGUGUGAGGGGCACAGCUCAGCAGCCACGCCUUUUUGUGGGAAUGAUCCUCAUCUUGAUUUUUGCUGAGGUCCUGGGUCUCUAUGGGCUUAUUGUUGCUCUUAUUCUCUCCACAAAGUAAAGAAUCUACUACUGCAACAUUGGCCCAUAAUUCUGUUUGGAGAAAGUGUAAAAAAAUAAAUAAAAAAGGGGGGGAUAUAAAAAAAAAUCUGCCAUGCAAAAUGAAAAAAGUUUAAGUGUGAGAAAGUUGAUUAUGAUGGCUCCAUAAAUAUGGUCUUUUCUCAAUGUGUACAGUUGUCCCAAUUUGAUAGUCAACUUGUAAAUGCGCACUGUAGUGAUUUUUGUCUGUCUUGUAUGCGUGUUUAAAAAAGAAAAUUGUGAGGAUUCCUUCUCUCCCUCCACUUAUUUCAGGCGUAGAGGCCAGCUGGUGCAGCUUGGCCUCUGGUCUUAGAGCUGACCAAAGGGCCACACAGCUUUUUCUCCCCACAUCAGCCUGGGAACUGUAAUAAUCUUGAGGAUCUAUUUGUAAAGACAAACAUGUAUGGACUUAAGAUUUUUGUUUUGCUGAUUUUAUUUGUGACAUGUUCAUUGAACUGUUAAGAUGCAGCAAAUAUCUAAUUGUCCAAGAUAAUAUACAUAUAUAAAUAUAUACAGAUGUAUAAAUAUCAAUAGAUUUAAUGCACUGUGGGGUAAUUGUUAUAAGUGACUUUCAUCUGGCUUUAAAUCUUGGUCUAACGAUUGCCUUUAGUAUGUUGCUGGUGGAGUGGGAGUUGUGUGUAGCUGUAUUCUAAUCAUUGCGUGAACAUUUUCAAACUUCAGUGUUUUUUCUUGUACUGCUGUUUGCAUUAAAGAUGUGUGUGCCCCAUGUUGGGUCUCACCGCUGUAAUUUCCA